AUGUUACCAGCUCAUAAUGAAAAUGAUGAAAGUAGUAAUGCUUUGGGUGAUGGAAACCUUCAUUAUCAUGUUUAUCAAUAUCACCGUGAUGAUGAUGGUCUUUAUGAAAAUGGUCUUUAUUAUGAUGGUCUUUAUGAAAAUGGUCUUUAUUAUGAUGGUCUUUAUGAUGGUCUUUAUGAUGGUCUCUAUGUUUCUUGUGCUUAUUUCGAUAAUUAUGAUGAUGAUCUCUGUGAGAAUAAACGGUAUUAA